AUGGUAUACCGCAAAUCGAAGCGGAGUAAGACCGAAUGCAGAGGAUGCGACGAAAGGAGUCGGGAUGUUGCCGGCGCGAAGACAAUGUCGAUAUGUGAAGCUGGCCAGACAGGCGCAUUGAAGAACCGACAUGGCGGACUGAUGUACGCAACGUCGGCCAAGGUGCGCGCGCAUGAGCGGCGCAUAGGCACAGACCGCAAUGCCACACCGAGCAAUCGCAAAGUCAAGAGUGGUCCCGGGCACCUCGCCGGCGCCAGAACUCAAAACGCAACAACCAGGAAGCUUACCAAGAAACCAGAGACCGAGGAGAAACAAGUCUAA